AUGGCUCCCGCCCGCUCUGCGCGUGGCAAUCAGCCAACAUCUACAGGGCUAGGGCACCACUAUGUUAGCCCCAAGAAAGCUCGAAAUGCGAAAAAAAAAACCCAAUCCCUUGUUCAUAUUCCAGGCAUUGGUCCUAAACGCGAGCGCCUCCUCGCGCAAAUGGCCGCCCUAAUGAACCCUCAAGUAUUAAAUACUGACUCCCCCGGUUCUAGUUCUACGGCUGUUCAAUCUGAUGCCCCAACGAACAUUGAUGAUGCUGCGACUUAUACUUACGAUGAGGCCGACUACGACAUGACCGACAUAGGCCAGCUUGACCAACAAGUACCUUGCUCUACAGCUGUGGUCCACGAGGAUACCGGGCGCCGUAUCUUGCCAGACAAGAUGGCAAACAAUCUCUAUAGUGCUUGGAAAGUACUUAUCCCCACCUUGGUCGAUGCUCACCUCAAGUAUUCUGCACGAACACACGGGCACCCUCUCACAGAAACCCAUCCCAUCAUAUCUGCCUGCGCAAGCCAUGCUUGUUCACAACGACAUUUCUCCAUUGUUUGCCUCUUUUUCGACCGUUUCAAUAACAUCGAUGUAUUGGCCUGCAAAUGUUCCACGCUUGCGCAAGUCCUUAUUCACCACGGACUUUUCCCUACUGCGCCAUCCCAACCACGUAUGGCAGUUUCUGUCGAUCUCCUUGCAUUCUAUCGCGCCUUAUUCGAGCGCUCAUGUGAUGCUGUCCACGCUCUCGCCUCUGCUCUCAAGACUCAUUAUUCCCGCAGAGGUUUUCAAAUGACUAAUGCAGAUGGCCAAGCCAUUCAAGAACCAUUUCGACGUGGCCUUGGCCAAGCCGUUCAAUGGUAUGACAUAUUGCAAAUUCAGGUCGAACAACAGACUGAAGCUACGGUACAAAUCUGUCGAGAUCGGGUGUACGAGGCUCGGAGAUCGCAACGUAAAGAGGAUGCAAGCAUUUUGACCCCCACACCCUCCAAAACCUCCCUACUUCAAGGAAAAUGCGCUUCUAUUCUCGUGCAGCGUUGCCCAGCAUGUUUUGGAGGUGCCCUCUUCGGCAGGCCACUUAGCGAUGGCGGAGAUAUCCACGUUGCAACAGACGGGAACUUCCAUCAUCGUCAUCGCCGAUCUGCGGGUGAUUGCCCCCACUUCUAUGAACCCUCAUAUUUCCUUCCGAAGGCCCAGGUUGACGAAGUUGGACGGCGGAUCGUCUCGAAACGUAAGCGUGCCCCCAAGAUUCGCACUCGUGUAGUCCCAGAUGAAGCCAUCGAUCAAUGUGAACAUUCAUACGAAGCCGCAGACGGCAAGAAGCAAAAGGCCGCCAUGGAUUCUUUUGAUGACACGGGCAUCAUGGCCCUCAUUUGCCGUCAUGAUGUCCCACUCUUAUUUGCUAAUAUCGACUCUCCUGGCGAGCAACAGAAGUACGCGGUAGCGUUGAUUGAGCAUCUUUUUUCCCUGUUGCCGCAGGAAGCCACUGUCAUCACGCUCUACGACGUUGGCUGCGUCCUCUCCCGCUCACUAUCUCAGUAUGAUAUUCUACCUGAUCAUGUGACUUCGCGUCUUCGAUUUGCGACCACUGCCAUGCACGCCUACGGCCAUGAGUGGGCAUGUCAACUCGAAUACAACCCUCGGAUGAGCACUGGCCUUGGUCUAUCCGACGGCGAGGGUACAGAGAGGCUUUGGUCAAGGUUUGUCAAGUUGAUCGGAAUUCAACGUUCAUCGUCGCGACAGAGGCGCCUUUGGUUGAUAGACCGACAAGCUGCUGCCAUCGGUAUGGAAAUGCGAGUAGAUCUCGGCGACUGGAUCAAGCGGCGGCUCAAACGUGGCGUUAAUGCUCAGGGCGCAGCGGCCAAAGAAGUGCUGAAUAAAUGUGGCAUCGAAACUGACGACCUCCAGGCCCAGUGGGAGGAUCAAAAGAAGUCGCAACUCUCCAUUCGUGCCCAUGCUCCUGCACGACUGAAGAAGGAGCUCGAUGUCGUUCUUGCUCUACAGUCUGAUCUAGAUGCUUCAGAUAGGGCUUUGCAAGCCACGCGCGCUGUGGUAGAGAAGGGUUCAGCUACCGAGGAAACACUAGACGCUCUAGACAGCCUCGACCGCAGCCAUGACCGAUUGAUGAACAAGGUCGAGGUAUUGUAUUCCUCCCUUAAUGUCCAUGACAGGUUUCCAGAGUUGCAAGGUGUCGACUUAGAUUUUGUCCGAACGCUACUCAUGGCCCGCGACCUGAAAAUAAAUAUCCGCAAGCGUGCCAUAGGCAGCUUUUUUGAGUGGGAUAGGCUUGACCGUGCAGUCGGCGGUGCAAAUCAGGCACUCGGCACAAAGCUUCAUCAGCACACACGCAAAGCCAUCGCGAAGCGCCAGCCUGCUUUGAUGACUGCGAUUCGCAAAUUUAAUUCAUACUGCGAGCGUCUCGAGAAGCUCUACGACCCGUCUUGGGGUGUCCCUCUCCCUGCUGCUCUGCCUACCAAACUCGCUGACCUUCGAAAUGAUCAGACGUUGAUGGAGGAUGUAUGGAUCACUCCAUCCGUAGGAGAUGUCCCCCGUUGGAUGGAAGAUGCUGACCGCCGUCUUGGACUCGAGGCAGAUAACCUUUGUCGGUGGUUCGGAGAUGAGCUGGCUGCCUUGGAACUUGCCCUACGCUCUCCCGCAAAAGACUACACAUUCACAUUCCCCUUGCAGCAACGUCGGGAUCAUAUCCUUCAGCUGCAAACUAAAUGGGUUACCCCACUUGCGUCUUCUGUCCGCUUCGACAGCAAUGCCACAGCGGCAGUCAAUCUUGCAAUCACACUUUGUGGGAGCAAGGGACCAUCAGAGGAUGUCAUCUACAGGCUAGUACCGACCACGUUGGCACUCGCUGAUCCAUCUCCCGAGGAUGACACUGAUGAAUAUAAUGCACCUGCAUUUGAAGAAGCCAUUGAAGAAGCGGCGCUCGUGGACAUUUUCCCCGAAGGCACCGUUACUGACGACGAAGAUGACGAAGGCGUGGAACAACCUGAAUUCACGAUUAGCUGGGAACUGCCAGAGAAUCUUCGUACAGAUCCUUUCAAAGUUCCUCGCCCAGAAGAAAAUAUCAUUGUACCAGCCUCGGGCCCUCCCCCGACUCGGGUGCGACCUGCCCAAGAUGGUUUUCCUCUCCAAGUAUUUGACUCAAGGGAUCAGUCCUUCCUGGCACAGCCUACUGCUCGCCUGAAUGAUACGUGUAUCAAUGGCUGCGCCGCACUGCUAUACUCUGAGAUACGGAUGAACUCACGUGCCCGGCCUUGUGCUAUUCUAUCCACGCACGAUCUCCCUCGUAUCCGGUACAAUGCGUCGGAUGAGAUACUGUGGCGAAAUACUUCGUGGACGUCCUUUUGGGACAAAGACAUUUGGGUCUUACCUGUUCAUCGCCCCUCACCGGUCGGACACUGGGUGUUUUGUGCAAUUUAUAUUCAAACUAAAGAACUUCACCUGUUCGACAGCCUGGCUGAGCGACAGCCGUGGAAAACCGACGUGAAGGACAUUAUGAAUCUUAUUGCACGUCUAUCAUCCAUCGCUCACCAACGGCGUGGCUCGCAUAAAAUUGAUCUUAAAGGCUGGGUAGCCCGUCCACUAAUAGUCAAUCCUCUGCAAACUAAUGGCUACGAUUGUGGUCUCUGGGUCCUAGCGGCACUUGCGGCCGUCUUGCGGGGAGCACAUAAACCAGGCAUGUGCGAGGAGGAUAUGAUCGCCUUCAGACACUAUAUACGUACACUAGUAGUCAGAAUACCUACUCCGUGA